AUGGGACUCUUCAACAUUGACUUCCGCUCUCAUGCGUGGUCUCUCUUCUACUGUGGAGUGUCAUCUUUCGGUGCUCUCUGCUACGGUUAUGAUCAGAUUUACUACACCGGCCUGUUGGGCAUGGACCCCUUUAUUGACCGAUACGGCUCUGCCAACGCAGACGGCAUCAAGGCGCUCCCCACUUCCUUCACGUCCUUAACUUCAUCCAUCAUCUAUGUCGGAGAACUCAUUGGCGCUCUCGGCGCUGCACCUAUCAACCAACGAUAUGGCCGUAAAGCCGUCUUUUACUGCGCGUCAGUCUGCAUCAUUGCCGGUGCGAUUGCUCAGCUCCUCGCGUCCGGACAGGAAGGCGUCAUUGUACUAGGCCGUAUCCUCAUCGGACUUGGCAUUGGCCAGUUUACCGUGACCUGUCUUCUUUACAUUGGCGAAGUAGCACCUCAAGCGGUCCGCGGUCCCGCGUUGAUGAUGUUCCAGUUUAUGCAGUCUUGCUCGCAACUUGUUGGAUCCGGUAUCACACAGGGCACAGCUACGAUCGAUGGAAAAAACUCAUAUUUGAUACCGAUGGGUCUUCUGAUUGCUCUUCCGGGCAUAAUGAUUCUUCUCCUGCCGUUCACUCCGGAAAGUCCCAUGUGGUUCGCCUCCAGGGGUCGGUUUGCCGAUGCAGAGGUUGCCCUGUGCAAGAUCAAUAGGAGCAAGAAGGAUUAUAGCCCAAAUGAAGACCUUGCUCUCCUCCAAGAUGCUUGCAAGCGUCAACAGGAAGAUGAGUCGAGCUCUAGCUGGUCUGAGCUGUUCACGGACCCCAUUGAGCGCCGCAAACUGAUCUACUCCUCUGGUUCCAUGAUCGCCCAGCAAAUCAACGGCAUCCAAUUCUUCUACUCAUACGGUGUGAUCUUUGCCCAGUCAAUUGGUAUCAAAGAAGCCUUUACUAUUUCCCUGAUCACGAACCUGCUACAAGUCAUCGCCGUAGCCGUCUCCGUCCUCGUCGCCAACAAGAUCUCCCGACGCAUCAACAUGAUCGUGUGCAGUUGCGGUCUGUUUGCAGCCCUUGUAGUCGUUGGUGGACUGGGUACCACGCGACGCGACGGUGCCUUUACAACAGGUGUCAGCUCAGCGAUUGUCGUCUUCUCCUACAUCGUCAUUGUCUGCUUCAACUUCUCGAUGGGCCCACUGGCCUUUACAAUUGCGUCCGAGUGUGCUGUGGGUAGGAAUCGCAACAAGAUCAUGUCCUGCGCUAUCGGCUCCUUCUUUUUCACCGUUUGGGUCAUUGCUUUCACCAGCCCGUACCUUUACUAUGACGCUAAGCUGGGCCCCAUGGUUGGUUUUGUCUAUGCUGGCCUCGCGUGUAUUACCAUUCUCUACUCCUGGCGGUGCGUGGGGGACACUACGGGGCGGUCACUGCUUGAACUCGAUAGGUUGUUCACCGAUAGAGUUCCCGCUAGAGAAUGGAAGAAACACACAUUCGAGGACGUGGCGGUUGGUGAAAUCCAAAUUGAAUCGAAGGAGAAGUUGUCCCAUCAGGCGAUGUCUCAUGAGGUAGAUGUAGUGGAGACUGAAAGAGCCUGA